AUGUUGGCUUGGUUAAAGGGACAUUGUGAUUUAAUCGAGAGUGAGUUUGUUUUGUGUGUGGUGCGCGACGGGCAAUAAAAACGACAUAAAAUUCGUUUGCGGUCUAUAGAUUUCGAUAAUCUGUUCGCCUUUUAUUUAUCGCCCAUUAUUUCAAAAUUAUAUAUGUGAAACUUUAUUGAUUUAUUCACGAAUUGUUUGUGUUUUCUAAAAAAAAAUGUUUUUUCAGAUCAAAAAAGUCAAUGGAACCGCAAGGUUCAUCUGACCAGAUUAAAGUAUUUUAUUUUCUGGACGAUGAAUCAACACCGUACGUUUCAGUAAUUGAAUCACGUGGAGGAAUUGUUACAUUAGACGACUUCAAAAACUCGUUCACAAAAAGAGGUUAUAAAUAUUUUUGUAAAGAGCUCGAUCCGGAUAUUCAAUGGUUAAUUUUCAAAUUUUGCUUGCAUUUUCUAAUAUUCACAUUUUCAGCGAAGUAAAAGUUGAAUUAACAGAAGGAACUGAUCGACUACGAAAAUCUCAAAAUGGGUUUUACGAAAUAUUUCUUGUGAGCACUCCUGGUUAUGGCACACUUCCAAGGAACAGUGGAACAUUAACAAGAAAAAAUGUAAAGGGAACUUUGGAUAGACGACGAAGAAGAUCGGCUGAUUUUGAUGCUGUGCCUUAUUCAGAUGCUAGUCUAGCUCCAAGCACAAUUGUUAGCCGGAGAGCUGGCGAGCAUUUGGCUGAGUUAUACACUUCAAAUUCAGAAGAUCCAUAUCAAUAUGAUGAUAGUACAAGAUUGACUGGAGAAUCAUCAUUAUAUGAACCACUGGCUACAAGAGAUAUGAAUAAAAUGUAUGAAGAUGAUCGAAAACAAAAAAGGAAAAUCAAAAAAGAGAGACAUCAUCGUCGACCGUAUGUUCCGAGUACAAUAAGUUCAGCCACCGAAUCAAGUGCCGGUAGUGGUCUUCCCAGAAUUCUUGAAGUUUUCUUACCGAUGAAAAAUGUUCCUUACCUCGGAUUGAAUGUUUGCACUAUUGAUGGCCAUAUUUUUGUGUCGGAAAUCGCGCAAAAUGGGGCUGUUGAACGUGAUGGACGGAUUGAUGUUGGAGAUCAAAUAUUGCAAGUUAACCGAAUUUCAUUUGAAGAAUUGAGUGUUCCACAAGCAGUUCGUGCGUUGCGAGAAGCCGCUGCUUCGAGAAAGUAAGUUUUUUUCAGUUUUUGGCUAAAAUAUAUGUAUAUUUUCAGACCGAUGACCCUUUAUGUUAGUAAAUUUUCAAAAGCUGCUGGAAGUGAAUACGAAGAUCCAUUAACAUCGUUUGCUUCAGAAACAAUGCCUCUCGAUGUUGGUGUUUGGGUGGAAACUGCUGUGUAAGUUUAUCUACCUGUUUUCUUGAGAAAAAAUAUUCUGAAUUUCAGCCAAAACACCGAGAAAAUGAAAGCAUUGGGCUUGGAUCCACAAGAACAAACAACUACAACAUUUGAUGAAGGAACUCUUCCAUUUUCCUCGAUUAUUAGUGAUGAAGAGGUAUUUUAAAUAUAAUAUAAUAAUUUUUACCUAAAUUUUUCUAGGAACGAGUUUUAUAUGAUCAACGGAGAAAUGGUGUUCCUCGAGCACUUUUAGAAGAAGCUGAAAGACGUCGAGAAAAUGAUCAAAAUGAACGAGUUGAGCAAUUAUCCGAACUUAUUGAUCCAUUGAUUGUUGUGAGAGCAAUGGCGAGACCCGAUUCUGGAUUGCAGGUUAAAAAUAGGAAAUGGCUGAAAAUACUUGUCCCAAUGUCAUUUAUAGGUUCGUUUUUUCCAAGGGAAGGAGGAUUCUGAUUUGAAAGACUAGGAGCUUCAGGCUUGUCAAAAAAUCUGCCGGCUCAUUUUAAAAGUUCCUAAAUUCCUUAUCAAAAUGUUUUCCAAUUCUAGGUCGAGAUCUAGUUGAUUGGCUACUUGAACAUGUUGUCGAUCUUCGAGAUCGCAAAGCUGUAAGAUUGUAUUGUUCACGAUUACUUGCUGCUGGAUUAAUUCGACAUGUUGUCAGCAAACUAACAUUUACUGAAAAAUGUUAUUAUGUUUUCGGAGGUGAGAUUUUCCGAUUUCUCUGAAAUUUUUCAAAAAAAUUCUUUUCAGACGGAAUUCUUCCCUCAAACCAAAAUACAACUGACAAUUCGGGUAAUAGUGGUGGAACAGUUCGAGCUGAAGCAACAACUGAAGUGACGUAUGUCGGUUCACCUGCUCCACACAUGCCACCUACUGGUAAUAUCCCUCCAACAACAAAUGGAAUUCGUAUGGGAGCAUUAAUGACAGUUGGAAGAGCUGGAAUGCCACCGCAUCGACUCGAAACAACAACUCUUAGUCCAGUCGCACAUGAUUCGACGUGGUUUAGAAGACGAAGAGAUUGUGAAAGUCCAAUGACAAAUGAUUAUGCUUCGAUGGUUGGAGAAAGUCAGAUUGGAAAACCGACAACUUCGAAUGGACAUUUGAUGAAUAAAAGAGGAGAUGGCGAGCAAAGAGGGGGAUAUCAUGUGUUUUCGAAUUUGUCGAAUAAUCCACCAAGACCACCGCCUUCUCAUACAACAUCUUCUAGUAUUACAAAUGGUGGGUUUUUUCGGGUCAGAACUUUUUGAAACUACGAAUGUCAGGGAUUGGACCUAACACAAAAAAUCUAGAUUGGAACACUGAUUUUUUUAAAUGAAAAGAAAUUAUUGAAUUUUGAAAGACACAUAAUCCACUAGAAAUGAACAGAAAAUGAGUUUGUUAUUCAUUCUCAACACCUUUCAAGUAAUCGAAAUUCAUGAAAAUCAAGAAAAAAUUUUGAGUCUAGCAAAAGUGAAAAAAUAAAAUAAUUGUUUUUGAAAUCGCUCAGCCGACGGAAAUUUCGAAAGUGUUCGCACACAGUGUGUCGCUAGAGCGCACAUGCUGGUUUUGUCGUUUGAAAAUAAAUGCGGGAAAUCUGUUUUUUCCAGUGUUUCUUGUGUCUUGAACAUAAUCUGUUUUGGUUUUUGUCCAAUAUUCUGUAAAAAAUCGAAAUUUUUGGAAUUUUCCACUGUUUCAAAAUGAAUCUAUGAAAAUUUUGAUGCGAAAUACGGAAAGUUUAAAAAACUGUGAAAACUAUUUUUUCACAUAAAAAGUGAUUUUUGCAGGCACUGGCGGUAUUGGAGGUCCUCCACCAACUCCACUCUCUUCAACAAUGCUUCUCGGUCCUCCCCAUCCAUCUCCAUGUGGAACUGAAUUCGAGGAUGAUGAUAAACGUCGUAUUGUUAAACCAUAA